AUGGCGGACGUCUUGUCCUUGCUGCAGGUUUCGUUAGAUGCCCUGAAAUCAGGGACCUUGCCUCCGACGGAAGUGAUCAAGAACCUUGCUGCAAAGGUGGUGGGCUAUGGCAUCAUUGCGGGAUCCACGCUCGUCAAGGUGCCACAGAUCACCAACGUGGUGCGCGCCCACAGCGCGGAGGGCCUCUCUGCCACCUCGUUCGAGCUCGAGUCCUGGGCCCUGCUGGUCCACGCGGGCUACGGCUACGUCAACGCCAUGCCCUUCAGCAGCUACGGGGAGGCCUCCCUGAUGCUGGCCCAAAACCUGCUGCUGCUGGCCCUGGUUUACAGAUACGCGCGGCUGCCCGCAGCGCGGGUCGCGACUGUGAUGGGACUGCUGGUGGCCGCGAUGGCGGUGCUGGCAACGGGCCGCGCCAGCCGCAGCCAGGUGGGUGCGCUGUACGACGUGAACAACUUCAUCAUGCUGGCGGCGCGGGUGCCCCAAAUUCUGAAGAACUUCAGUGAGCAGUCGACCGGGCAGCUGAGCAUCGUCACGUUUGGCGUCAACACCGUCGGCUGUGUGGUGCGGAUCCUCACCUCGCUGCACGAGGGCGCUCACGCCAUGGUCCGCUCCUACAUCCUGGGUCUCAUCAUGAACGCCACUCUGGUGGGCCAAAUCCUGGUCUAUGGCAACAAGGGCGUGCGCAAGGAGCCAGCGGGCCAAGGCGCGGUGACAAAGAAGAAGGCCUAG